ACAAAUGAGAAUUCCACUGUUCUUAAGUACACAUCUCCAUAGGGUAGCAUUGACUCUCCUUCCCCAGAUUCUAAAACCCCCUAGCUCGUCCUCCAAAAUCAUUUUGUUCUUUCUCCGAGAUCUACAACCAUCAUGGCCACUUCCUUUUUCCGGCGACUCGCUAGGUCAGCUCCGAUUACAUUCCCUGUCGCAUUUGGAUCUCAAAGCAAAUCUGGUUCUGGCGCUUUCCGAUUCUCUACCGGUGCAAUCGCGGCACUUUCCGGCGGGUUCUCCUAUUACUACUUAACAUCUGGAAACAAUCUGGUUUAUCUGGAUCAAGCUAAGGAAGAGACAGGACCCAAAACCGCUCUAAACCCUGAUAAAUGGCUCGAGUUCAAGCUUCAAGACACUGCUAGAGUUAGCCACAACACUCAGUUGUUCAGGUUCUCAUUUGACCCCUCAGCUCAAUUGGGUCUACAUGUUGCUUCUUGUCUCCUGACAAGGGCUCCUUUAGGCUAUAAUGCUGAAGGGAAAACGAAAUAUGUCAUUAGACCUUACACUCCUAUAUCAGACCCAGAGGCUAAGGGCUAUUUUGAUUUACUGAUUAAGGUAUAUCCAGACGGAAAAAUGAGUCAGCAUUUUGCCAGCUUAAAACCGGGGGAUGUGUUGGAAGUAAAAGGACCCGUUGAAAAGUUCAAAUAUUCGCCGAAUAUGAAGAAACAUAUUGGCAUGAUUGCCGGUGGAAGUGGGAUUACUCCAAUGCUUCAGGUGAUUGAUGCCAUUGUGAAGAAUCCCGAGGACAACACGCAGAUAUCAUUGCUUUAUGCCAAUGUUUCUCCAGAUGAUAUACUUCUGAAGCAGAAGCUUGAUGUUCUUCAGGCUAACCACCCAAAUUUGAAGAUAUUCUAUACUGUUGACAAUCCUACUAAAAACUGGAAAGGAGGAGUAGGUUACAUUUCAAAGGAUAUGGCUCUGAAAGGCUUACCUCUUCCUACGGAUGAUACUCUUAUCCUUGUAUGUGGUCCUCCUGGGAUGAUGGAGCAUAUAUCUGGAGGCAAAGCUCCAGACUGGUCACAAGGAGAGGUCAAGGGGAUACUCAAGGAACUCGGAUACACAGAGCAAAUGGUGUUCAAAUUCUGAGAGGACUAUUUCUGAUCUCAAGGAGGUUUCGUUUCAUGUAAUAAAGUGGCCCCAAGCAAACAUUAAUUGAUGCAGAGUGAGCUUGACAGUCGAGCUACCAAGCUUUGAAAAUAAACAAAGCAAAACAGAUCAAUUAGUCAGUUCUCUGCAGGUAAUAGCGGGAACUUGAUUUUGAUGAUAAUUUCUAUGCGAACAAGAUAUUGAAUACGGUUCGAAAGAUGAGAAUUGUGCAUUUGUAUCCGUGUCUGUGUUUUGACUAAUUUCUUGUGCGUGGAGAAAGAUCCAGACUCAAGCAGCAGAAUUUUUCACCUUGGAUUA